CCUGGACUUCCAAUGCCACCACGCAAGUUCAACCCCAACGACAUCUAUUGGCUUGAAAGCAGAUCAUUUUUGGAGGCCUCUGGCUACCGCUUACGACCGAAAUACCAGCCAGACUAUGUACCUAGCCCUGACACAAUUCAUGAUGACUAUUGGGCAGCGUAUCUCGGUAAUCCUAUAAUGGAUGCUCAUCGUAUCUCUGAUGAGCACCCUGUCAUGCUAAAAGCCAUUUCGAUGCGUGUCCACCCACAUGAAGUUGAAAUAGGGCGCUUCUUCUCAUCUCCGCCCCUUGCCAAAAAUCCAAGAAACCACUGUGUUCCUAUCCUUGAUGUUCUUCAAGACCCAAGUGACGCAGACAAGCAAAUAAUCGUCAUGCCUCGUUUGAUUAACUUUGAUCGCCCCAAGUUCCAAACAGUUGGCGAGGUGAUCGACUGCUUUAGACAAAUCUUUGAGGGCCUGGAAUUUAUGCACGAAAACUUUGUCGCUCAUCGGGAUUGCUGGGCACCUAAUCUUGCUCUCGACCCAACGCUCCUCUUUCCAAACGGCUUUCACCCCAUCUGGACAGACAGAGAUCCCGAAGACAGGCGUCCUGCCCACCACAUUACACGGACAGAGUGCUGGCCACGUUAUUACUUCAUCGAUUUUGGUUUAUCGAGGCGGUAUGAUCCUGCCAAUGGACCGCCGCUCGAACCCAUCAUUCGCGGAGGAGACAGAUCCCCCCCGGAGUAUCGCAAGUCCGGACUGAGCUGUAACCCAUUCCCGACAGACAUCUACAUUCUCGGCAACCUGAUGAAGAGCCUCUUCCUGUACUCAAGACGGCGCGGCAAAAAGCGCGCUAUCCUCCGCUCUCUCCGUUUCCUCGAGCCUCUUGUAGAUACCAUGGUGCGCGAAGAACCAGCCUUGCGGCCAACAAUAGGCGAAGUCAUCCAAAGAUUUGAUGACUUGUGCAGCAAUCUAAGCAACUUCCACCUGGGCCUACCUGGUCGAAAGCAUAGGUUUCAACUAGGACUUUUUCUUAUUCAGAUAGCGAGGACUUUCAAACGCAUCUCACCCCUUCCGCCGUAUACUUCUCGUUCAGAUCGCCAAAUUCCUAUUGGAUCUUUGCGAGACUUCUUCACUCAGGAACGCCCUCCGUUAUCUGAAGCGUUAUGA